CGGUGCCAUGGAGGUGGAGGCGGCCAUGUUGUAAUUGCAAAGCGGCGUCAGCUUUAGAAGAAACCGAAACGAAACGCACUGGAGAGUUCCUCCAGAACCCAUUCUGUUGACCGAGCUGCACAGAGGCAUCCGCCCCUUCCACCUUCUGUAUUCUGAAUCGAGAAGCGGGAGCCACCAUGAGCGGCGGGACGCCUUAUCUCGGUAGCAAGAUCAGCCUGGUCUCCAAGGCCGAGAUUCGCUACGAGGGGAUCCUGUACACCAUCGACACAGAGAACUCCACUGUGGCCCUUGCUAAAGUCCGCUCAUUUGGUACUGAGGAUCGCCCGACGGACAGACCCAUUCCCCCCCGAGACGACGUCUUUGAGUACAUCAUCUUCAGGGGCAGCGACAUCAAGGACUUGACGGUUUGUGAGCCGCCCAAACCACCAUGCUCUCUUCCCCAGGACCCCGCCAUCGUCCAGUCCUCCAUCAGCACCAGCUCGUCCUCGGCGGCGGCCUCGGCUCCUACUCCGUUCCAGUCCUCUGGUUCCUACGGCCUUUUCAGCAGAGCUCAGGUUCCUGCUUACAACCAGUUCGGCACCAGCCCGCUGGUCUCGCCCCAGUUUGGACCCGUUGGUGUUGGGCGCUCCUCUGCCUCCUUCGUGAACUCUGGUCUGAGUGGUUCUGAGUCGCGUUCUGUGGGGACUUUGACUGAAGGCUGCGGCAGUCCUGGUCUGGAAGCUCUCAGAAAGAGUCCCACCCUGGACCAGGCGAUCCAAAGCGGCCCAGCGGCCCCGGCAUCAAGCACCACGGCUCCAGCGCCCGGUCUGGGACGUAGGAGUCCAGUUCAUGGUGGUCCCACUUCCGCAGCCCAGAGCAGCCAGAAGGUUCAGCAGCUGGAUAGAGGAGACCACAUGAAGGGAUCAGACGUCCAGAGCAGAGCUGAGGGCGAGCAGGCGCGAGGCGAAGGCAGAGAGCCCAGUAAACGCUCCACAGCAGGCGGCGGCGGAUCGGCCAACCGGCGUGGCCAGAGAGGUGGGCACCACGGCAGGGGGCGCUUCAACGUGCGCAGAGACGGGCCCAUGAAGUUCGAGAAGGACUUUGACUUUGAGAGCGCCAACGCCCAGUUCAACAAGGAGGAGAUCGAGAGGGAGUUCCAGAGCAAGCUGAAGCUGAAAGAUGAGAAGACGGAGAAAGCUCUGAACGGAGAAGACAAGGGAGACUCUGGGGUGGAAACCCAGAACAGCGAGGGGAACCACGAAGACGAGGGCGACCCGCUGGGCCCCAACUGCUACUACGACAAGUCCAAGUCCUUCUUCGACAACAUCUCCUGUGACGACACCAGGAAAGCUGGAGAAAAGUCUGGAGCCUCAGGUUUCCCUCGGGAGCGCCGGCAGACCUGGGCGGAGGAGAGGAGGAUGAACGCAGAGACCUUCGGCAUCCCUCUGCGUCAGGGCCGAGGCCGCGGGGGCUACAGAGGGCGCGGGGGGAUGGGUUACAGAGGAGGGCGGGGACGUUCGGCCAGCCGAGGGUCCUUUGGGCCCCCUCAGGGCGGUGGCUACAGGGGAGGUUACCGAGGAAACCAGGCAGGGCGGGAAUUCGCCAACUUACCAUUCAGGAAGGACAACAAAGUGGCGGCGUAGUGUCGACAGGAGGCGGCGGCUCUGGAAAGCAGAAACUUCUUCCAUAAAACACAGCAAGCUUUGGUUCCGUUCUGUCCACCAAAUCCCUGAAGACUGUCUCCUCGUUGUUUCCGUCACCAGCACUGGAGUAGACUCUGAAUGCAGCUUAACGUUCCGUCUGUCUCAGACCACCCCGAUAAUGAAGAGUUCAUUAGAAAAGUGAUUCCCUCUAAAUGUUUUAGCGCCUCGGCUGUGGACGCCUCCUGUAGCUCUAUCAGGGUUUGCCUGUAGAGGGCGCUGCACGCUCUUUGUAACCUGGAUUUUUCUACUAGUACGGCUGACGCACUGAGCUCCUUCCUCAACCCUUCUUGGAACUUUAGAAGUUCUCUUUUUCACUCGUCUAAAAUAACUGGUUUUACUGGUCGUGGUGUUUUUCUUCCUGACUCCCAGUUUUCUGUUUGGGUUUUUCACUGCAGUUUGCUUCAGUUAAUCCACACUCAAGAUGUUUGGGUCAGAAUUUAACUUUCAGAGAAAUGUUUAGUAAAGAUCUACCGACAGGAGUAGAUCUGUACUAAAACAAUCUCCAUCAUUAUCUCCAGAUAAAUUAAUUUUAUUUAAAUUAUUAGAAAUCUUUCAGAUGACCCAAAAUAACUUGCUGUAAACCAAUGAAUCAUUUGCAGUUUAAGAGCAAUGUUUCCUCCCGUAGGAUCGGGUCGUUUAAGCACGUCAUCUUUUCAGUUUAGAUUUGUGUCCAUUUGGAUCAGGAAGCUCCCGUAGCUCCGUCUGAACAGGUUUUCUUCCUGGACUCUAAAUCUUCCUGGAGCCUCUCGGCCGGCCUCCUUCCUCCCCCCUCCCCAUCACAGAAGCCACUGAUGUCGCCCGCAGCACUGCACACAGACCGGCAGGAAGUGACGUCGCACAGAUAGACGGCGUGGCCGCUUUGUCUGUUUAAAAUCUUCCUGCACUUUGCAACAAGUUUAGGCCUGCGGAUCUUUUAAUGAUCAGCAGUCUCUUGAGUAGGUUCCACUGGGCCCGACCCAGACCGCAGCGUCAUCAGAACCUCGUAAUAAUGUCAGUGGAGAAUUUAAUGUUGCUUCUGCUAGCUUGGAUCAUUAAUGGGUCUUUAACCUGUGAUCAGGUAUCAGAACUUUCCGGCUAGCGCUCUGACAUUUAACGACUCGAAUAGCUGAUCCAAUCAGAACAGUUAGCUAAAUUAUUUCAGCUCUGAACUCUGUCUUUUUCUGAUUCGGACAAACCUGUAGAUUCUCCUGGAAAGACUUCCACGAUCCGACACGCAGAGCCACCUUUAAACUGCUCAGGAAACGGAGAGGACCAAUCCCAAAGGCGGUUCUGUUCAGACGGAAAGAACUGUUUAGAGACAUUAAGGUUCCUAACCGAAUGUUGGUUUGGGUUUGCAGGGGAACAGUUUUGUUUGGUGGGUUUAGUGACGGGCUUUGGUUCCAGUCUGGACCUACACCUGGUGAAAAAGUGAGCUUUUAAAUGAUGCAUUGUAAAAUAAGAAAAAAAAUGGAAAUAAAGACACUAAGUUUGCAGAAAA